AUGCCAUCACUGAUUGAACAGAAGUAUGGAGUGCCCUUGGAUCUGGCGCUGAGUUUCCUGAGUUGGCGCGACUUAGUGCCGGCAUCCGCGGUUUGCACUGCUCUGCUGGCCGCGCAGUCAGGGCGACCUCUUUGCUGCUGCAGCACAGCCGGGCCGCUAACAGCCUUACCGUCCACCGAUGGUGCCUUGCGCUGGCUUGCCAGGCGGGCAGCUGACGGUGUCGGCGGAGGGCUGCACUUUCUGAAGAUCAGCGACACGGCCUGCCACCACACGGAUGCUGGAGCUGUCGCGAUUUCCAGUGUCUGUGAGACGUUGCGAGUCUUGCACUUUCACAGCAAGGUGGCGCGAGCAUGCGAACCUCGGCUGACACCCAGGGCAUUGCAGAUCUUGUUGGGCAGCGGGAGCAGCCGGCCUGCUCUAAGCCGCGUGGUUCUUCAUGGAGAUGCUGUGACGGAUGCGGCUCUGGAGCUUCUGGGCGGCUGCCCGCAACUUCGUUCGCUGUGGCUCAGUUGCUCCGCCCAUGUUUCCGGGGCGAGCUUGAAGAAGGUCAUCUCAGCUACACAGCUGGAGGACCUUCGUCUUGACAGCUUGCUGAAAGCCUCUGGUUGUGACGUUGUGGAUGCCAUCGCAACGAAACCGCUGCACUGCUUCUUGGCGUCCGAUGCACCGCAGUUUGCCUUGCUAUCCGGCUUGGAGGUGGGUCGCUGGCAGGCGGUGCGGCGCCUCGGCAUCUUGUUCGAGGCAGGCUGCCCAGCAGCUAUGGUCGGCUGCCGAUCGCUGGAAGCAGAGGCGGCCAUGGCAUUGGGGGCCUUGCCCGUGCUGGAGGCCCUGGCCUUGGCGAACGUCCAUGUGGGAGAUGUGCUGUUGCAGUCCUUUUGGCAGGGGCGUUUGCAGCCGGCAGCGAGGUCCAACCUCCGAUCCCUGUCGCUUGAGGGCGCCCAUGGAGCUACUUUGCAAGGAGUCUGGAAUCUCGUACGAGCCCUUGGAAAGGAUUCACACCAUGGGGACAUGGAUGAGCUGCAGCUUACAGCAAGCCAGGCCUGUCCGAUCGACGACCAUGCCCUCCAAAAGAUUGUGAGCUGCGGGAUCCGGUUCCUCACCCUGGAAGGUGCCAGCAUCAGCAAGGCAGGAAUCUGCCGUUGUGUUGGGCUGCAAGCUCUGCGAUCCAAGUCUUGCGCUCAUCUUGACUUGCCGCCAAAGCCGCGGCUUGGCCCAGCAGCCGGGCGGCGCUUCGAAGCCGGCCGUCGAAGUCGUCCAAGCGGAAAUAAGGGGACCAAGGCGGAUGGAUCGACCUCAGAUGUCUUGCCGGUCUUCCCCGAUGUCCGGCUUUUGGGACCUGACCAGCAGCUCUGCUAUUGGUGGAACAAGGGCUACAAGUACGACGACUUGAGUUGGUAUGGCCUCGAGCACUUGACAGAAUGA